UUCUCCAGCGAAGCUUUGCUGCACGAAGGCCCGUCUACAAUACACGGAGUAAGAAGUAAGAGUAAGAAAUUGACCAAUUACAUAUGUACGCGGCAGAGCUCUUAGCUUUUAGCGCCACGUCACGUACGCGGAAAGCGAAGAUACUGAUGUUUCGAGAUAAAAUAACCAUACUGUACUGUGGGAUACUUUUGUAAAAAUGAAUCACAACGAUCUUGCCUUGCUUUGUGGCUACGAAGAAGGCAAAGACGACAGAAAGUCAAAAAUCAAGAAUGCAGAACAGCACGAUGGUGGGUUCAUCCUAUUAUACGUCAUUUUAAAGGUGCUUAUGAUAGUGCUUGAACUUUGACGUGACCCAGAACGUUUUUUCAAUUUCCACCGCAUGUCACCUCUUCAAUUUGAUGAAUUAUUAGAAAUGAUAGAACCUGUUAUUACAAAAGUACGCUUGACAAGGGAACCGUUGCAUCCAGGACUACGAUUAUCAUUGACAUUGCGAUACCUUGCAUCUGGGGAUAGUAUGAUAAGUCUACAUUAUCUUUAUCGCGUAGGUAAAUCUACUGUGCCAAAAAUAAUUAUGGAAACAACGGAAGCGCUUUGGCAGAUACUACAGCCUCAAGUACUUCCUCCACCAACUGUACAAACAUGGACUAAAAUCGCAGAAGAUUUUACAAAUAAAUGGAAUUUUCCCAAUUGUGUCGGAGCAAUUGACGGGAAGCAUGUUGUUGUACAAUGUCUUAAAAACACUGGAUCAGCUUUUUAUAAUUAUAAAGGCACGUAUAGCACUGUUUUAAUGGAAGUUUGUGAUGCUGAUCUUCGCUUUACAUAUGUUAGCAUCGGUUCUGCUGGUAGAGAAAGCGACGGAGGUAUUUUUCAAAGUUUAGAUUUUGGAAAAUGCAUUGAAACAGAAACAUUGCCAUUACCUCCACCUAAAGCCUUACCGGGUACAAAUAUUUGCCUUCCUGCAGUAUUUGUUGGUGAUGCAGCAUUCCCGUUGUUAAAGAAUUUAUUACGACCAUACCCUGGUACUAACUUGAGUCCAGAAAAAAUUAUUUUUAAUUAUCGCUUGAGCUCAGCAAGACGUACAAUUGAAAAUACGUUUGGAGUAAUGUCAGCCAGGUGGAGAAUAUUCCGACGGCCGAUUAUUGCGUCACUUUCAACUGUAAAUAACAUAGUUAAAUGUUGUGUAGUACUGCACAAUUGGCUUCGAAAUGCGGAGCUGAACAUUUUGCCUGGUCAGAGAAGGUAUAUUCCAGUAGGAUUUGUAGAUUUAGAAGAUCGCUAUGGAAACGUAGAAGCUGGUCAAUGGCGAAACGAAGAGCCACCUGGUGCACUUCGAUGUUUUGCAUCAAAUGUAUCAAGAAAUUCUGAGAAUGAUGCCAAAGUAAUUCGACAAAUGUACACAGACUAUUUUAUGAAAGAAGGCGAAGUACCUUGGCAAUGGAAUAAGCUCUAACUUUCAACGGAAAGCAUAUAUGCAAUAAGCAAAAGGUUGGAUCUGAUUUUGUUGAGGUUGGUUAUCUACUGUACGAGAUGUAGCUCUCAGAGGAGGCGUGGCACUGUCUCGA